CUUUACUACACAAGGCUUCCAUCUUCCCGUUGCAAUACGCCACCUAAAACCACCACCACCACCACCACCACCGCACCACCACCGUCGUCUCUGUUUCACGUAGCUGUGUUCGACUAAAACCCUAACCACCGCAGCUCCAAUUUCAUCACUCAACACAUCUGUUUUGCACACAAACACAGCCACCCAAUUGAUAAUGAGUUCCGGACGCCAGUUUAGAAGCCGGUCAAGAAAGGACCUACCAACAUCACAACCGUUUAUGUUACAUACAGACACGGAAUUUGAAACAAAAAGCACGCCAAACAACUUGUGUUGUGCCUUAAAUGGGUUGAGUGCUGCUCAAAAGGCUGAUUUAAAGGAUAUGGGAUUUGCAUCUCUAACAGCUUUUAACAUACACAAGAUACCAGUGGGAUUGGGGCGUUGGUUGUUGGUCAACUAUUCUCAUGAAACGAACGAAUUAAACGUUGGCAGCCAUGUGAUUAAAGUAACAACGUCAAAGGUUCAUGAUGUUUUCGGAGUUCCUAUGGGGGAUAUUCCUGUAUAUGAACAUAAAAGGAAGAGAAUGACAGACGUUUUUAGAGAAGAAUGGAAGAACCAGUUCUUUCAAACGAGUGUAACUAUUAACGAUGUAAUUCAAAAGCUUAAAUUACAAAGGCAAGGUGGAAAACUUUUCAAGCUUAACUUCCUUGUUCUUUUUAACUCUAUCAUGGGCGAGACAACGAAGCGUGCAAACGUAAAUCCAAAAUUUCUUGCAUCAAUCAGGGAUGAAGGCGACAUUUGUAAAAUGGAUUGGUGUAGUUAUAUGAUCACUUGCUUGAAUAGAACUAAAGAGGGAUGGAACGGUAAAGAGCCGUAUUAUGGCCCGUUGACUUUUCUUGCGGUACUAUACGCACACGAACUGCAACUGAAACGUAAUCCGGAAAACGCAAUAACUCCGGCCAUAAAAUAUGUGACAAAUGAUUACUUAGUUGAUCUUGAAAGUUCUUUACAUGGCAAAGGACUGAUUUCCAAUGAUAACGUUGAAGCUCACGUUCAAAUGGAUGAAGGUCAAACUGCUGUUGACCAAAAUGUUAAUGUGUCUCGAGACAAGGAAGAUGAAAUUCAGUUUCAUUCAACCAAUGCUGAUGUGACUUCUGUUCAAACUGGUCUUUUAUCAUAUCUAAAGUUACCUGCCGGUGAUGCUACUCGGAAUUUCACGGAAAGACGCAUCACCCAUUGUAACCAACUUGAAUCGCUUAGAGACGAGAAUUUACUCGAUGGUGAUGAUAUACAAAUGAUAGAACCCAAGCAGGAAGAAUGUGAGUUGGAUGAAGAUGCGUCUCGUACGUCUGAUUCUCUGGAAAAUCUCUCGGCUCGUAAAAGUGGGAUGGUUUAUGUAAAAACAUACAAAGUGAAUCGAGAUAUUGCACCAACUCUCAUAGACAUUAUGAGGAAACAUGGGGACAUUGCAGCUGCAUGUGUCUUGACCUCGGAUUUGAAAUCAUCCAUCCUCGAGUCUGUUUGUAAAAUUUACAGGCGGAUUCAAACCAAUGGCAUUGUGGAAAUGUUAGAAGAAGAGAAGCGGGUCUCAGAUGCAAAGACACUCAAUAUUGAUGUGUCAUGGCUUGAACCUCUAUUUGAAGAUGUCCGCAAGAGAAAAGAGGCCAAUAAACGGUACGGUUUGUGUUUGGAAAUGAAAGUAGGCAUCGUUAUGGCUAAAAGAGUUGCCCAGAAGGAUCUGAGAGACAGACGUGCAGAGCUUGUGGCUGCACAAGAACGGCUUGAAGCGGCUGAAAGGCGUGUGGCAGCGAUGCAUCUUGUUGAGAAGAAUCUAACUGACCGUCUCCAUGAAUCUGAAUCUGAGCUGGGCAAAUGAUCCGGUUGUUUAUGCUAACUAGACUUCUCUAUGGUGUAUAAUUAACUAAUUAUUAGUAGGUUGUCUAGGCUAACCGUUAAAUUUGGUCAAAAAGGGGCCAUUAAGUAUUAACCAAGAGGUUGUACGUUUAAACCCAAGUGCGCGCGAAUAUUUGUAGUUCAUAGGGUAUGUGUAUCGAACCUUAUUAUGAAUAUGUGUUGCAUUUAUGGCUCAUCCUUAGUGGUCUUUCUAGUACUGUAGUACAAAGUUAAAUCACUACAGUUAAAUA